AUGGUGCUGGAGAUCCUGGGCCUCGAGCUGUACAGCAACCUGGCCCGCAAGAAGAUCCUCAAGCCCUGGAAAAAGGCCGCUCUCCUCACCUUCUACCUGUGCGUCAUCGCUCAGGCCGUCGUGCGCAUCGUGUUGACCUACCACAAGGACCUGGGCGCCAAGUAUGUGCUGAACCGCUACAUUCCCGUCCUGCUCUCCUACACCAUCUCCAUUCUACUCGUCCUCCACUGGUACUGUCCCGCGCGCAAGUUGAACAAGAUCAAGCGUCAGGUCUACCGGAUAUGGCAGAUGGGCUUCAUCGUGCUGGGGUACCUCGGCUUCUUCUUCGUCGUGUGGCUCCAGGUCAACUACGCCGUGCGGGAUCAGGCGUCGAGUGCGGUCGACAAGUUCUACGCCGUCAUUUUCUCGCUGCUCAACAUGGUCCUGGUCAUCGUGUGCGUCUUCAUCUUCGUCUCCUAUCGGAAUCGAUUUGGGCGGUUGACGCGGUCGGCAUCGACGACGGCCAAGUACUGCUACUUCGGCGGGUGCGUGCUGUGGGUCGGGCUCAUCGCCAUCCGCGUGUUCGUCUUCGACAUCCUCUCCUACUACGUGUUCGACGUGCUCCACAGCGAGACUCUGGUCUUCGCCAACGAGGUCCUCCCCAUCUUCGUCGCCAUCGCCAUACGAAAGGCCGGCGAUCUGUUGCUCAAGCGGGACGACUACGAAUCGAUGCGCGACGCAGGGAUGCCGGGCUUCGUGGCGAUGAUCGACGACGGCAUGUCGAAGCCCUUCCAGGUCGACUCGUUCGACGCACUCAAGAUCAAGGUCGGCACCCUGCUACUCUACGACAAGCUGCUCGGCGAGGGCAGGAAUUCCAAAGUGCACGAGGCGUCGCUGUUCGUGGUGUCCAAGCUCGGGUUGGAGGAUCAGGAGAACAACUACGGCGUCAAGGUGGCGGUCAAGCUGUUCAACAAGCCGUUCGCGGGGUCGACGCGCGAGUCGGAGAUCGUCAAGAAGAUCGGCAAGCAGAAGGGGUUCAUCAAGUACAAGGGCUACAUCCACACCCCCGAUCACCGACUCGGCAUGGUGAUGAAGCGCUGCGAGUGCGGGCUCAUGGACAUCUUCCGCAACUACGGCCUCACCUAUCUCGACACGCUCGAGUACGCCCUGCAGAUCGCCAAGGCCAUGCAGUACCUCCACCACAAUCGCCUCAUCCACCGCAACCUCAAAGUCAGCAACAUCCUGGCCAAACGUCUUAGCGACGGAGACAACAAGUGGCGCCUGAUCAUCUCCGAUUUCGAUCUGUACAAGCAGCCCGAGCAAGUACCCCUCCCGGAGAACACGAACCAAUCCUAUCUCAAGGCCUAUCUGCCUCCCGAGAUGCUGAACAAGGGCAACUACAGCUACAGCGGUGACUUCUGGGCCUACGGCUGGAUAGUGAUGGAGAUGACCAACGCGUGCGGCUUCUCCACGUUCAUGCUCAACCACCUCAUCAUCCGGUGUCGAUUGACCGAUCCCGAUGCGCGAAUGAACUUUGACACCAUCAUCCACAAGCUGGAGAAGUUGGAGGAGCGCCAGGGCAUGGACCGCAAGGACAAACCGCUCCAGAAAUUCACGAUCGAAGACGGCUGCGACCAGCUCGAGCGACAGUACUCCAAGAUGAAGAAGAACGAGAAGAAGGAGCGCAUGCUCAUGGAGAAGCAGAAGCAGAAGGAGCGCGAGCGAUCGCAGCACGAGGACCGUAAGCGCGACAAGAAGCGGGACAAGAAGGCCCCCAAGCGGGUCACCAGCCGCGGCAGCGUGCGCGGCUCCGACGACGACCACACCGACGACUUCUCCGACAGCACGGACCGCGAGGGCGGCAGCGACUACGACGACGACGGCGCGUCAUCGCGGCGCGGCGGCGGACGACGAGGCUCGCUGGCGGCCAGCUCGCUGCGGGAGUCGUCGUCGUCCGUGACCUCAUCAUCGUCGUCGCGCAAGGCCGACAAGAAGGGCAAGAAGGGCAAGCGGUCGGCCGCCAAGGAGGAGGAGUGGGAGCGCGAGCGCGAGCGCAUCCGGCAGAAGGGCAACAAGAGCGGCGGCUUCCUGCCGGUCACGUCCUCCUUCCUCCCCACCAGCCCGCGGUCGGUCAAGGAGAUGGGCACCAAGCUCACCAAGCUCAUCGACAUCUGA